CGGUUAAACCCUUCCUAUAUUAUUUGUUCCGAGAAAAAAAGCUUCUCCAUCUUCUCAUUUGGUGUAAGCUAGGGUUUUCUUCCCGCCACUGCCUAAAUCGUCUCCCGCUUCUUCGUCUUCCGGAGAUGGAUACUUCAAGUCCUGCUGCGUUUGUGAAUGGAGCUUUGUUGAGACGGUACAUUGGUCAGAAAGUGAGAGCUGUGGUUCAGGUGAUCCGGUCUGAUAUUGGAUCCGUCACUGGGAAAUCCACUGAUGAUCAGCAGAUUGUUGUUAAAGGCUCGCCUCCUCCUUCUCUGACCACUUUCCUCGAGGUUAUUGGAAUCGCUGAGAGUGACAACACCAUCCGAGCUGAUGUUUGGACCAACUUUGGUGACAAUUUCGAUGCAGGGAACUACAAUGAGCUAUGCAAGCUCGCAAAUGGGGAGUUCAGACACAUGUUCAUCUAAAAAUAACAGCGAUGAAUAACUGAAUCUCUUCUUGUUUCGUUUUAGUUUCACGCUUGAACUAUUUUUAUGAUCUUUGUAUGGAUUCAGUGAUUUGUUAUGUUAAUUUGACAAAGUAA